CCAGCUCGUCACCCACCCUUCCGCUCCUUCAUGCAUUCCUAGCCCGAGGCCAGGCAAAAAAGUGUUGAUUCACGACGAUUAACGACCAAUUGUUUGAUACAAUAUGACAGCAACAACGAAUAACCAAGUUAAUGGGGCUGGCGGGUCCACCCCAAAACAGUUCGCCAUGUCGCUUCGAAACUCGCUGGCCGAGUGGAGAGUCUAUCUAGGUAUCGCUACCUGCGUUGUUGCGCUUACACUCAUUCUCGGAAUCAUCACGCUGUCGUUCGUGAAGCCCAAGGUUGAACCGCUCUUGUUCGGCCUGGACAUUGCUGCUAUUCUGCUCUCACUUGCAACAUUUGCGGCGCUGUGUUUCUUCAUCCAACGUGCCAAAGAUCAGAAAUACGGCGACCAGCCAUACGAUCCCAACUAUAUCGAUAUCCUCAUUGCUCUGGGUAUCGCAACUUUGUUCGGGCUCACCGCUCUCGCAGAACUCAAAGAGUUGCCACAACGAUGCUACUCUGGUCCAAACGAAGAUUUCAAGGCGAUUGGGCCAGAGGUGUGUGGUGUUUUUACGACAAUGGGUGUACUCUCAUGUCUUGGUGGUUCAAUCAUGCUCUUGACAUGCAUUCUAAUUGCUGUAGCAAUUCGGGAAGCCAUUGAAGUUGCCAAACUUCCGCCUCCAGUGUUCCCAACAGGCGCGGAGCCAGCGGUGAUGCGAUGGCUUGACAGAAACGACCCGUUCAACGUUUCUAGUCGUGACCCCCAUAGGCAGAAUAGCUAUGGUCCUUAGAUAUCUCUGCGUGUAACGAAGUGGUCGUAAUAAAUUCUUUUUGCCAGGCUUAAA